UAUCUGAGUUCUGAACCCAAAAUAACUACACCUAGUGCAUUGUAUACUCUGGCAAACUAAGAGAGAUCCAGUUAGCAACACAAAAAAUGGCUUCUGUUUCAAUGGCUAUGCCAAUUAUGUCUGCCACCCAAAACAGAACAAACCAGUCAAGUUCAUUGUUGAAGUCUAUAAUCCCAGUUGGGCAACCAAACAAGGCUGUGUUUGUGAAGCCAAAGUCGUCCACAGACAUGCUCAAAGUGCAGGCCUCUUUGAAAGAGAAGGCAGUCACAGGCCUCACAGCAGCUGCAUUGACAGCUUCCAUGGUGAUACCUGAGGUGGCUGAGGCGGCCGGGGCCGGCGUUACCCCAUCUCUCAACAACUUUUUGCUUAGCAUUGCAGCUGGAGGAGUUGUGCUUGUAGCAAUUCUUGGAGCUGUUAUUGGUGUCUCCAACUUUGAUCCAGUUAAGAGAGUUUAAAAGAAGAGGUUGAAUUCUUAACUGAAUUUUCUGCCUUUUCUCUUCUUCAUGUUGUACCUUCUUGUUUAAGCUUAUGUAAUUAGUAUUGUGCUCAGACUCUAUUAACUCAUAUAUGUAUUGCGCAACUCUGUUUCCAAUAAAGUGAAA